AUGACAGCUCAGCUACCAAACUCAGGCUUUCAAGCUGCUGCUGCUGCUGCUGCUGCUUCUUCUACUGCUUCUAUUGCAGCUACUACUACUGUUGCUACUAAUAAUAAUGCUUCUCAUAUAUCAGGCUCAUCUACCUCUGCUCAUGCAAUCCCGCUGGCCGGGCCUUCUAGUCUAUCUCAACACAGUGCACCAACUCACGGUGCUCUCAGUUCUCUUCUGGCAGCUGCAAGCGCAGCCUCUCAGGAUGCAGCCCUGUCGCGUCAAAACGUGCAACAAGCCAAUAACAACAGCAAUAACGGAAACAGCAAUAACAGUAGCACUAACAGUAGCAGUAGCAGUAGUAGUAACAGCAACACUCAAACUCUUUCAUCUGCAACCAAUAACAACUCAAAUAACACGACAACUGGUGGACCCGGCGCAGGCACCGGCCCAGACUACUCGUCAUCCUCGUCAUCCUCGUCUCCCAACGCUCAAGCGUCAGUAGGGUCUUCCCCAGCCUCCUCAGCAAGUCUUUCCAACCGCCGGUACUCUGCCACCCCAGCGUCAGCAGCUACUAACAACCCUCAAACAAGCAAUAAUAUCAACAUUAAUAACAACAACAGCAAUAGCAAUAGCAACAACAACAACAACAACAACAACAACAACAACAACAACAACAACAACAACAACAACAACAACAACAACAACAACAACAACAACAACAACAACAGCAACAACCUCUUAGCAAAACAGUCAGCAGCUAUGCUCCCAAGUCCAGCAACAGGAAUAACUACACCGAUAACCUCCUCAGCUUCAGCCUCUAAUAGUGGGGGAACAACCGUUCCAUCACUCAAACCUUCAGCUGCCAUAUUGGCUGCAGCCGCGGCAGCCGCGGGUUCACAAGGAGGCAUGGGCUCAACAGCCACCGCACUCCCAGGUGGAAGUCCCGGGUCUCCAUCAUAUGCAGGCCCGCUUAAUACAAAUUCUCCGCUUGCGCUGGCGGCUGCAGCCGCCGUGACGCCGGAAAAACUAGCUGGUCUAUUGCUUUCACAAGGACCUUUGCCCAUUCGUCAUAUUACCAAUCACCUGGCCUUGACUAUUCCAGGUUUUGGCGAGCUUUCAUUAUCCAAACAACGCCGCCUUAUCAUUGCUGCUCUCGACGUUACGGACCCUGUCCACCAAGUUCGCUUUGAUAAGGUUGGCUGGGGCCGCUGGGCCGCUCGGAAACUGGACGGAAGUGUACCCGGGUCCACUAGUUCGGCAGCAGCCCCUGGAGGGGCAACAACUGGCGCUAAUGCACAAGGAAAUGUUGGCGCGCACCACCAACAACAACAACAACAACAACAGCAACAGCAGCCAAAUACGGUUAUUACAAAUACGAGAAUUCCAACAACAGGAGCCCGACGUCGCCGCGAGUCUUUGCCGGCACUUGCAAAUGCAGCAGUCCGUCCACCGCUGUCACCCUUACUUAGACCUACGGAUAAUUCGGGUGUUGGCGGGAACAGUGCUCUGUCUACUCCUACACAAACAGCUGGCGCCGCAUCGCUACUUGCUGCGGCGUCACUGCGGUCGCAAGCCACAAGCGUUUGGGCCGACGAUUACGAUGAAUCUUCGUCUGCUCACGCUUCGCUUUCGUCAACCCCUGGGUCUAGUGUGGGUAAGCCUGGAGCAAUGAUGAGUCAUGCAGCAGCAACAACAACAACAACAACAACAACAGCAGCAACACAAUCCACGGCACAGACACAUCGCAGAUUAAGUCACUCAACACCUUUGCAUCCAACCACUCUCACACGCAACAGAAGACGCCGCCGCAGUAGUAUUCACCGCGCUCGGAUGAUGUUUAAAGAAAAUGUUGGUGUGAGUAGUGAUGAUGACGAUGACGAAGAUGAUGAUGACGAUGGGCUGGACGAUAUUGGAGACAUGGAUGAGGACGAGGAGCGCGAUGAAGCUGCCGUUGAUGUAUUAAGAUUGAAGCAUCAAGGUUCUCUUCCUAAACAGCAGCAGUAUCAGCAGCAACAGCAACAGCAACAGCACCAGCAACAGCAACAGCAACAGCAACAGCAACAACCCAUGAGGUCGUCUUUGGUGAUUGGGUCUGGAAAUAAACGAGUGAAUGGACCUCGAGUCAGUUUCAAGACUGAGCGGGACGUGCAUGGAGUAGUGGACAUGGAGUUUGAUGACCUUAUGGACUACGAUAAAGAGGAUAACGACCAUGCGAUUGUGAGCGAUGACGAGGAUGAUGACGAAAGUGAAAGCGAAAGUGAUUUUGAAGGAAUGGCGGGACGUAUGGACCUUGAAGAAGACGGGAAGCCUCCCAAAAAACACGGGAGCCGAAACCGAGGUUCUAGAAAUAAGCCGAGUGGGUCAGUUGGUAUUACCGACAAGUACUUGCCUCCACUCCAACCCAAAGUUCCACAACACCAAGCUCAACACAUGUCGUCAUCAUUUUCGUCAUUAUCAUCAUCUGGAACAAUCACUGCUGCUGCAGCAGCUGCAGGUAAAUUACCUGGGUUUUCUGGGUAUGCGCCAAUUGCAGCAAAACCAUUGUCAUCAUCGCCGACAUCUGCUGGGUUUGCUACACGGCAAAUGUUUGAGCAACGUAAUGGACUUCAGCAACAAAUGCGACGGCGGCAAAGUGAGACAGACGAAGAGGAUUGGCAAGCAAUUGGUGCAGCGUCGUUGAGACGGACUAGUAGUGGAAGUGCAGGGGAUGUUGCAGUACGAGGGUUUUCAACAUCACCAGGUGGGGCCGGAGGGUAUUAUUUCAAGCCGCAACAUGGGGCUCGCGAGAGUAUAAGUAGCAGCAGCAGUAGUAGUGGAGGAGGAGGGAUUGGUGGUGGAAGUUUGUUGAUGAGUCCAACGAGUGGAGGAGGUCAAGGUGGAUUUGGAGGAGCAGGAGGAGCAGGUGGAGCAGGGUUUUACAGUAACCCGAGUCCCGUUGGAAGUUUAGAACAGCACUCGUUAAGUUCACCUGGGUUUGGUGGGUUUCUAGGAAGCACUAGCAGUGGAAGUAGUCACGGGUUGCAAUUAAAUCCACAACAACAACAACAGCAGCAGCAGCAGCAGCAGCAGCAGCAUGGACCACAUUCGCAACAAGUGAAUUCGUUACGCAGCACGCGGCCCACACCUUUGUCAUCUCCACCCGGGUCAUACUAUGGUAGUGGAAAUGGUAGUAAUGGUAGUGGAAUGCGUGGGACGUCUAGUGGAGGAAGAGGAACAAGUCCUGGAACAAUGGCAUCAUCAUUGUCAGUCCAGCAACAACAACAACAACAACAGCAGCAGCAGCAGCAAACAAGUUCAGCGCUAUUACAAUUGGCUGGAGGUCCAGGACAAGUGACAGAUAAACUGCCAGGUGUUGCGGAUAUGAUGCGUGGGGCAUCACCACCACAACAAUACAAGGUGCCGCUGGCCGGGACAGUAGCAGUAGCAGCAGCAGCAGCAGCAGCAGCAACAGGCCAACAACAACAAACGGGUGCAACAACAGGUAUUGCAGAUUCGCGGGCCGAGGAAGAUGCCAUUGCUGCGCUUGUACAACUGCGCACAAUUACGUGA